CUUGGCAAUAAAUAAGACAGAAGCCAUUUUAUGCAGCUACUUACUACUAUGUUCAGAGCUCUCUGCACAUCUUCAGGUGGUACUGUAUUUAAAUUUCGGGUCUUAUCAUUUAUGAACAGUGAGGAGCAUGGGAUCAACCAAGUUCACAAAUCCUUAUGCUCUUGAAGUGAUCCGGACAAAGGAGAAAGAGCUAGUUGGUGGCAUCUCCAACACUGAAGACUUAUUGGAUCUUCUCGUUGCUAAUGGAGUCCUUCUACCUGAGAGCAGGGUUCUGGUGUCCAGUAUCGCAGCACGAGACGAGAAGAACUCCAGAAUGCUCAGCAUUCUGGUCUCGCGAGGAGAACGAGCAUGCCGGAUCUUCUUUUACCCCUGCCUGAAGAGUGCCGAACCUGACCUGUAUCAGAGCGUGAAGACAUAUGUAAGUGGACUAAAUCAAAACAUUAAGGACACACGAAGGCAGCUGAUCGGGUAUCUUCUAGAGAAAGAUUGUAAGGGGAGUAAAAUAAAAAAGAAAAUAAACACAGACCAUUCUAAUGAGACUUUAAAUCAUGAAUCAAAAAGGGCUGAGGAACCUGUCUCUUCAGAAGGAUUAGAGAAGAACUCUACUAAACUCACCUCAAAAGAUAUACUGAAAGCAGUGUCUACUGGUGACCUAUCCCUGCUACAGGCACUUCUAAAAGAAACUGUUAUCAGUGACAGAAACUCAUCAAGUGAUACUCUCCUACACAUUGCUGCAGAUCAUGGUCAAGUGGCGGUUAUAAAUUUUUUGCUCCGUAAGGGAGCAAAACUGGAUAUAAGGGACCACCAAGGUCGCACUGCCCUACAUAGGGCUGCAGAGGCUGGCCACAUGGCUGCCUCCAUGGCUCUUGUUAGGGCUGGAGCAGAUAUCCACGCCAAGGACCAGGCCUCCAAAACGCCCCAACAUUUAGCUGCACAAAAUGGUCAUAUAAAUACUGUCAAAUCACUGAUAGCGGAGGAAGCAAAAAGCUGCAAAAAUCAGACUACAUUCCUGCACAUGGCUGCAAUGGAAGAUGACCCGGUACUGGCCGACAUUUUGCUGAAGAACGGCGCAUCAGCAGACGCUCAAGACAGCCAAAGGAAGACACCCUUGUUUUAUGCCAUAAGCUGCGGGCACGAGAAAACAGCUGCUGUGCUGCUUCAGGCUGGUGCACAGGUUAAUUCUGCAAUCAUCGAGGCAGCGUUUGACUUAAAUAGGGAGUCUGUGCUGUCUCUGCUUUUGAGAAACAUCAAGAACAGAAUGUCUCAAAAUGAGCUAAAGACUAUUCUGUUUAAAGCAGUAAAGAGAAAUUUGGAUGGGGUUGUGGCUGCCCUCAUUGAAAUCGGAAUAGAUGUAAAUGUGCGCGAUGAACUGGGCUACACACCACUGCUUCUGGCCACAGAGCUGAGGAAUGUGGAAGUGUUCAAAAUGCUGGUCUCUAAAAAAGCCCACUUGGAUAAGAAGCUACCUAACCAGACGUCUGCUCUUCAUUUGGCUAUCCAGAGUGGGAGUAUGCAGAUAACACAGAUAUUACUGGACAAGGGUAUGGACCCCAACAUAACCGGCCCCAAAGACCAGACACCUCUGCAUCUUAGUGCCCUGUACAACCAGCCUACUCUGAUGGCUCUGCUGCUCCGCAAAGGAGCUCAAGUCGACGCUGUCACUCAAGAUGGCCUGACUGCCCUUCAUCUUGCCAGCCAGUGUGGGCACACAGAGGCAGUGGCCCAGCUGUUGGAGGGAAAAGCUGACGUGCACGCUUGGGACCGACAGAGCAGGACAGCCCUACACUGUGCAGCUGCUCAAGGUGAGGCAGGUGUCAUAAAACUACUCCUCUAUGCCGGAGCCGAUGCCAACGCUGCUGAGAAGGAGAAGAAGACUCCAUUACACCUAGCAGCAACAGCAGGGCACGCUGAGGCCACCUCCACCCUGCUGGCUGGGAAGGCUAAUGGUGCAGCUAAAGAUAUGGAUGGCUGUUCGGCCCUGCAUUACGCUGCUGGUAAUGGGCAUGAAAGUGUAGCUGCCACUCUCCUCACCUCUGGGAAGAAUAAAAACGUGGAUGAUAGAAACGUGUGGAGGAGGACUCCUCUACAUUUGGCAGCAGAGCACGGGCAAGACAUCCUGGUGGAUUUGCUACUGGAAAAACAAGCCAAGAUCAAUGCCAUGGACAACAAUAAAGACACGCCACUGCAUUCUGCAUGUCGUGGAGGGCACGUAGACACAGUGCAGAGAUUAGUAAACUGGACUCAGGGGCAGAGAGCAAACCUGCAUGCCACUAACAACGUGAAGAAAACAGCCCUACAGGUGGCAGAAUCUGAGGACUCUCCUAACCACCAGAGCAUUGCUACACUACUGAAGAAGAAAAUGUUUAUUAUCAAAUAAUACAUAUACAGUGACUCUGUAACCAGUGUAUAUCUAAAGCCAAUGAGUUUGAUAAAAGACACAUCUUUUUAAUAAGGUUGAUUUUUUUAAAUAUUUAGUUUAAAAUGUGUUGUUUUUUUUACGCUUGACAUUGACAACACCAAUGAUUAGCCUUAUGAUGAAUAUGUGUACAUGUAUGUUAAAGCAAAAGGACAGCUUUCUGCACCUACAAUAAAAGCACUAACAUGAUCUUGUCACUAGGUGUCACUAAAAUACCAUGUAUGUCAAACAGCACUGUAUUAUAAUAAUGUUUAAAAACAGCAAUAAAAAGUAAAACACUUUUGUGACCUACAGCCUUAUUAUAAAUUAACGCUACUAUAAAAAAUAUAUAUAUAUGAACUCUGAUUAACGCUUUUUACUUAAUAAUGC